AUGCUCGUAUCAUCAAGUCGAAAUAUACCUCUAUUUGUUGGGAUAUCACACGAUUAUUCUCGAAAUAUUAUUUUUGUAUGCGUUGUAAUCUUCUGUCCUCCUGUGUUCUGCAUUCCCUCUCGUUUGAGUCCGCUGCUUUUUGCUGUAUUUGCUGCAUGUUUGAACUCACCAAUAUGUUUUGACCUUGACUUCUUCUGGUCUCCUUUGUCAAUUAGACCUAUUGUACUGCUUAUUAACAAAAAGGAUUGCGAUCCCCCAUGCAAAUAUAUUUACCUGUUCAACCUAGUUUUCAAAGGUGGCAUGACGUUGGACUUCUUUCCAACAAUGUUUCUUGUGAGAAUGUGGAAAAAUGAAAGACGUGCGUUUUUUUUUGCUGGCGCUUGA